AUUUUAAGGAAUAUAUACACAGGCUUGACUCAUUCAAAUGUCUGCUCAUGACGAUGAGAUUGAUGGAGCCUACUCUACAGACCCGUUAUUGCAACAAGAGCCUGAUCAACUAGACUCAACUCAGCCCCCUCAAGAUUCCUUGCAUGAGAAAAGACGAAAAGAAACAAUCAGCUUUUACGUCGAGCAAUUAACAUUACUUUUCUAUCCUUUGUUGCUAACGUUCGCCCUUGUAUGUUGGAUCGAGACAACGCUGAACAUCGACAAUUUACAAAUCAGUAACCCCUUGAUGUUUUAUGAUGAAUUACCGACCGACAGCAUAAGUGUACGUCUAGGUGGGAGUGUCAUUAAUGCAAUUGCAGUCGUUUGUGGCAUCACAAUUAUGACCUUUUUUUUUGUCCUUUGCUUUAAAUACCGUUUCUACAAGUUUUUGUUUUUUUGGUUAGGCUUAUCUGUCCUAUCGGUUCUUGGUGUAACAACCUCUGCGUUAUGGAUUGAAAUGAUGGAUUCAUAUAGAAUACCACUGGAUUACAUUACUUUACUCUUGUGCACCUGGAACUUUUCUAUCGUCGGGGUGAUUGCCAUUUUUUGGCAUAGCCCGCUUUGGUUACAACAGGCCUAUCUGAUUGCUGUCAGCACAGCUACUUCUAUCAGCAUGUUGAGAAUGCCACCAUGGACUACAUGGACGGUUUUAAUAGCUGUCUCAAUAUAUGAUUUGUUUGCUGUACUUUGCCCGGCAGGUCCCUUAAGAAUGUUGAUUGCGAUAGCCGAGGAACGACAAGAGGAUAUUCCAGCACUAAUAUACUCUGCAGGUAUGGCAAGCUUAGACAGCGACAAUGAUGUGAUCGGAGGUUAUCGGACACAUGAAUCAAACAGUAGCAAAAAAAUAAGCUGGCUUCGGUGGGUACCAUUCUCUUCGGGAAGUAAAGGCUAUACUUCAAUAGAAAAUGAAGAAGAAGGUGCGUUAAGAAAUGUCGGGGAUAUGUCACACACAUCCGCUAAUGAACUUGAUACUUUCUCACGCUCUGUUCAACAUGCUCACCCUGAACAUGAGAGUGAUGAUGAUAGUGAGGAAGAGGAUUGCGAUGACUUAAAUGCUAUCAAGCUUGGUUUGGGUGACUUUAUUUUUUAUAGUGUUCUUGUUGGGAAAGCGGCGAACACAAACGAAGUCACGCUCUGCUUGUGUAUUAUAGCUAUCCUUACUGGUCUAUCAUUGACUAUUCUUAUUCUGACGUUGAAUAGAAGGGCACUUCCUGCGCUGCCUAUAUCUAUUUUCUUUGGAGCUAUAACCUAUACCAUAGCCUAUUAUAUGACCAGCGAGAUGCUAACUAUAAUGACGAUACAGGCGAUACAAAUAUAAAACAAACUAUCCCUGGUUUAUAAAUAAACUUUAUUUCUAGACAUUAGUGUAUACGAGAAUUAUACACAAUCAAAAGAAUAAAACGGCUCGUUUGGACGUGAGCUUCCAAAACCCUUAAGCAAGAUCAGGUGCAUCACCUCCAAAUAGACCAUUCAAUGGGACUGGGAAGGUCAAAC